CUUCUCCAUUCCACACCUUACAUCAUUAUGUAUACCACAGUGUUUACGCAAUCACUUAUCAUUAUUUAUAUUUUUUAUUUUUUAUUUCAGCCUUCCUUAAUUGUUUAUAAUAAAUUUUCAAGUGAGGUGGAAUCUCAUCCAUACAUCACUAGUUGCAUUUUAUUAAUCGCAAAUCUUGAUCAAUUAUAUAUUAUAAAUAUAAAUGGUGGAAACUAAUACUACUGAUCCCGUUUCAGUGGCUGUUGCUGAGCUAGUUGGAAUGGCAGAUAUGCUCCGAAGGAUGAGAGACUCUUGUUGGAACAAAUGUAUUUCAUCUGUUCGUAAUCCAAGUCUAGAUGUCGGAGAAAUUAGUUGUACAGACCGCUGUGUAAAUAAGUAUCUUGAUAUUCACACUCAAGUGGGAUUUCAGCUCCAAAAAACGUCACAAAACAUACAACAACAGUUAUAAUCCUACCUAAUACCGUUUUAAUUGUAAUAAAUUGUUAUUAAAUAUA